UCUACUGCACUCACGCGCAGAAAAAAAGAUAACGCGAUCUAUUGAUCUUUAUUCUAAUAAAAAAGCCGCCUUCUCAUAUUUUCCGUAGCUAUAGUCGGACAUAACUAAUCUCUACAAACGAACGUCGACCGAACUUGAAGCGAUCACAAUAUUUAUGACAGCAUAAUUAAUUAAACAUGUCAUUUUAAUUAUGUAAAUAGGAUGGGUGAUAAUCAAUUUAUUAAAUUAUGUGCUUCGCGUUUAAUGUAUUGUAAACAGAUGUUUAUCAUUGAAGAUGACGUUUUUAUAGUGCUUAAGUGUUAAAUGAAUAGAGGCUUUAAUGGUUCGAUGAAACUUUUGUGUUUGAAUACUCUUUGUAAGUUUGUGAAGUUUUGUUUUCAUCAUUGAUGUAACAUCGAGUUAUUAUCCAUAUACCAUUAUGGAACGUCACCAAAAUGGUAUGGAUGUGUGGGUAGGACAAGGAAGAGUAAACCAACUAGGUGGUUUAUUCAUCAAUGGUCGUCCUCUGCCGAACCACAUCAGGCUGAAGAUCGUGGAGAUGGCGGCGGCGGGCGUGCGGCCCUGCGUCAUCUCGCGCCAGCUGCGCGUCUCCCACGGCUGUGUCUCCAAGAUACUCAAUAGAUACCAGGAGACAGGGUCGAUUCGGCCCGGAGUGAUCGGUGGGUCCAAGCCAAGGGUGGCCACUCCUGAAGUCGAGGCGAGAAUAGAGGAGCUUAAGCGACAAAACCCGGGCAUAUUCUCGUGGGAGAUAAGAGAAAAGCUAUUAAAAGAAGGCGUAUCAGAUCCUCCGAGCAUAUCUUCAAUCUCUCGUCUCCUGCGCGGCGGUGCACGGGACCCAGACGGGAAGAAGGAUUACAGCAUCGAUGGUAUACUCGGUGGUCGAGGUUCAGAUUCAUCAGACAUAGAGUCAGAACCAGGUCUCACACUAAAGCGAAAGCAGCGUCGAUCAAGAACAACCUUCACUGGAGAACAACUCGACGCACUGGAGAGAGCCUUCCACAGAACGCAGUACCCUGAUGUAUAUACUAGAGAAGAAUUAGCAUUGCAAACAGGACUGACUGAAGCAAGAAUACAGGUAUGGUUCUCCAACCGACGCGCAAGACUGAGAAAACAUACGGGUUCCAAUGCAGCACCUUCUUUGUCGUCGUACUCAUCGUUACCAAUGCCUCAGAUCCCAUGUCCAUACCCAGCAGGAGACAUACCAUCACUAUCACAACACCACCCGCAACAUCCAGAUGCUUGGCAUCAUCAGAAGUACACCAAUUACAACCAACUAAUGGCUCAAUCUCAGCAUUUAAACCAAGCUUUCCAGACAGCCAAUUUCCCGAGUUCGUCCGGUGCUACAUUUAGCCAUUUAGUAAGCGCUGGCGCUGGAGCAUCCCACAGUCAAUUAUUAGAAGCAAGUGCAUCAAGAAACGAUUAUGCAAGAUACCCAAACAGUGAUGUUUAUAAUAAACCAAUAAAUUACUUGCCUAAGGAAUCUGAAGCUAGUGAUAAAGUUAGCGGUGAAGAAGUUAUAGAACCGAGCGAUGAGGCUUAUGUCAAAACUGCGAGCAAUUAUAAGGAAUUAGCUAGCAACGAAUAUCCCAAAAUUCCUACAGACUACUCAAAGAUACCAGUUGAGCCAUCACCUUCUAAUUGGAGUCCAUCUCAUAACUCACUCAAUAUGGGACUAACUGGAAUUCCAAGUGAUUAUAAAUAUAUGAACGAUCCUUAUGCAUUUUCCAAUGUACCAGAUCCCUUAAGCCAACAUAAUUAUCCAAAUCCACCUAAUGCUGCUAACAAAUAUUGGAUUUGACAUUUUGUGCAACUUAAAUUGAAUAGAUCGAAAAAUAAGUAGACAAGUCUUUCUACGGCAGUACCUAAUUAUUAGAAUAGAAUUAUUUUUAUUAAAUUAAUUA